GGCUCCCUUUGAUUGGUGAAACAGAAAGUUCUCUCUAACAAGCCAAAAAGAGACCUUCAUGGAGCUUUCAGAGGAUUUGAACCAGCUGGAGCUGCUGAACUCGCACGGCCACCUGAUUCCCCGAGGGGCCAGCAGCCUGUGGACUGGGAGUAAGGAUGAGGAUGAGGAUGAGGAGGAGCAGGCCCACAGUGAGGAGUGGUGUCUACACAAAGAAGAAACUCUGAAAGACAAACCAGCAGAGCUCAUUCUGUGGGCCGCAGGAAACAACCGUCUGUCCACCAUGGCCAGGCUGUUAGCAGCAGACGCCUCACUGGUGCACAGCCGUGACGAGGACGCUUACACGCCGCUACACCGCGCAGCCUACGGCGGCCACGUGGACGCCGCCUCCGCCCUGCUCGCCGCCGGCUCCGAGGUGAACCCCCGCACCGUGGACGGCUGGACGCCGCUGCACAGCGCCUGCCGCUGGGCCCGAGUCGGCGUGGCGACCUUGCUCCUGCAGCGCGGCGCCCGCGUCAACGCGCAGACCAACGGCGGGCUGACGGCGCUGCACCUGGCGGCCUCCCACGGCGGCGGCGCCUCCGCGGCAGACUGGCGUUGCACAUUAGAGCUCCUCUUGUCGCAGCGGCAACUCAAGGCGGGACUUCGCAGCAGCAGCGGGGAGACCGCCGCUGAGCUGGCUCGACGCAGCGGCCCCUUUCACUUCCUGUUUGAGAUGGUGGAGGACUGUGUGCAUGCUGUCCCACCUGUGUGACAUCACUUCCUGUUUGAGAUGGAGGACUGUGUGCUUGCUGUCCCACCUGUGUGACAUCACUUCCUGUUUGAGAUGGAGGACUGUGUGCUUGCUGUCCCACCUGUGUGACAUCACUUCCUGUUUGAGAUGGUGGAGGACUGUGUGCUUGCUGUCCCACCUGUGUGACAUCACUUCCUGUUUGAGAUGGAGGACUGUGUGCUUGCUGUCCCACCUGUGUGACGUCACUUCCUGUUUGAGAUGGAUGACUGUGUGCUUGCUGUCCCACCUGUGUGACGUCACUUCCUGUUUGUGAUGGAGGACUGUGUGCUUGCUGUCCCACCUGUGUGACAUCACUUCCUGUUUGAGAUGGUGGAGGACUGUGUGCUUGCUGUCCCACCUGUGUGACAUCACUUCCUGUUUGAGAUGGAGGACUGUGUGCUUGCUGUCCCACCUGUGUGAUGUCACUUCCUGUUUGAGAUGGAGGACUGUGUGCUUGCUGUCCCACCUGUGUGACAUCACUUCCUGUUUGAGAUGGAGGACUGUGUGCUUGCUGUCCCACCUGUGUGACAUCACUUCCUGUUUGAGAUGGUGGAGGACUGUGUGCUUGCUGUCCCACCUGUGUGACAUCACUUCCUGUUUGAGAUGGAGGACUGUGUGCUUGCUGUCCCACCUGUGUGACGUCACUUCCCGUUUGAGAUGGUGGAGGACUGUGUGCUUGCUGUCCCACCUGUGUGACAUCACUUCCUGUUUGAGAUGGAGGACUGUGUGCUUGCUGUCCCACCUGUGUGACGUCACUUCCUGUUUGAGAUGGAUGACUGUGUGCUUGCUGUCCCACCUGUGUGACAUCACUUCCUGUUUGUGAUGGAGGACUGUGUGCUUGCUGUCCCACCUGUGUGACAUCACUUCCUGUUUGAGAUGGUGGAGGACUGUGUGCUUGCUGUCCCACCUGUGUGACAUCACUUCCUGUUUGAGAUGGAGGACUGUGUGCUUGCUGUCCCACCUGUGUGAUGUCACUUCCUGUUUGAGAUGGAGGACUGUGUGCUUGCUGUCCCACCUGUGUGACAUCACUUCCUGUUUGAGAUGGAGGACUGUGUGCUUGCUGUCCCACCUGUGUGACAUCACUUCCUGUUUGAGAUGGUGGAGGACUGUGUGCUUGCUGUCCCACCUGUGUGACAUCACUUCCUGUUUGAGAUGGAGGACUGUGUGCUUGCUGUCCCACCUGUGUGACGUCACUUCCCGUUUGAGAUGGUGGAGGACUGUGUGCUUGCUGUCCCACCUGUGUGACAUCACUUCCUGUUUGAGAUGGAGGACUGUGUGCUUGCUGUCCCACCUGUGUGAUGUCACUUCCUGUUUGAGAUGGUGGAGGACUGUGUGCUUGCUGUUCCACCUGUGUGACGUCACUUCCUGUCUGAGAUGGUGGAGGACUGUGUGCUUGCUGUCCCACCUGUGUGACGUCACUUCCUGUUUGAGAUGGAGGACUGUGUGCUUGCUGUCCCACCUGUGUGACGUCACUUCCUGUUUGAGAUGGUGGAGGACUGUGUGCUUGCUGUCCCACCUGUGUGACGUCACUUCCUGUUUGAGAUGGUGGAGGACUGUGUGCUUGCUGUCCCACCUGUGUGACAUCACUUCCUGUUUGAAAUGGAGUACUGUGUGCUUGCUGUCCCACCUGUGUGACGUCACUUCCUGUUUGAGAUUAUGUUGGACUGUGUGCUUGCUGUCCCACCUGUGUGACGUCACUUCCUGUCUGAGAUGGUGGAGGACUGUGUGCUUGCUGUCCCACCUGUGUGACGUCACUUCCUGUCUGAGAUGGUGGAGGACUGUGUGCUUGCUGUCCCACCUGUGUGACGUCACUUCCUGUUUGAGAUGGUGGAGGACUGUGUGCAUGCUGUCCCACCUGUGUGACAUCACUUCCUGUUUGAGAUGGUGGAGGACUGUGUGCAUGCUGUCCCACCUGUGUGACAUCACUUCCUGUUUGAGAUGGAGGACUGUGUGCUUGCUGUCCCACCUGUGUGACGUCACUUCCUGUUUGAGAUGGUGGAGGACUGUGUGCUUGCUGUCCCACCUGUGUGACAUCACUUCCUGUUUGGGGCAGGUGGUAGCUGGAGCCUAUCCCAGCUGACUUGGGGCAAGAGGCAGGGUCCCCCCCCAGACUGUCACAGGUAGCAAAAAGAAUCGAUUCACAUCUGAAUCACGAUUCUAUAGCUACUCACAUUUUUAAAAAAAAUAAUUAAAAGGCUAUUUUUAUUGAUGUUUUUUUUUUUUAAUAAUACAACCAGAAGGAGAUUUUUUUUUUAAAGUUUCAUUAUAAUUAUUAUACAAAAUACAUAGAGAGAAUCGACUCUGAAUUGAAUCGUCACCCCAGGAAUCGGAUGGAAUCGUUAGGUGAUUUAAGAUUCACAUUGACAAUAAAAUAUAAUCCAUCCCCCUUACAGGUGUGACAAAUAUUGACUGUAGGGGUGCACACAAAAAAUCGAUUCACUUGCAAAUCACAAUUCUUAUUUAUCCCGAUUCUAUAAUCGAUUAAUCAUUCCCAAAAAUUGAAACAAAACAAAAAAACAGCAUUUUUUUGUAUUUUUUUUAAAAACUGGGAUCUUUUUCUAAAUAUGUUUUUAGGCCACUUCAAGUUUCAUUAUAAUUAUUAUACAAAAUACGUAGCGAGAAUCGGUUUGAAUCGAUUCUAGAUCGAAUCGUCACCCGAGUAGUCGGAUGGAAUCCCAAAGCUUCACGGCCCUAUGGUAAUAAUCUGAGUUGAUUUGGACAGUUGACAAGAAAAGAUAUAAUGCAUCAAGACAGCAGUGUGAUGGCACAGGUGUGUGUGUGACCGCCUCACACCUUUAUUUUGU